GAUAUUCAUAGUGAUAUCAAUUUGUUUAGAAAAUUAAAAAAGAACGUCAUCUAAUUGGUGAUGGCAGAAGAGAAAAAACGCUACAUAAACCGUUUUGAAUUAAGCAAGCAGCAAAAAAAGGACAUGAAGGAUGCUUUCGAUAUCUUCGACGUUGCAGGAAUCGGAAUGAUUGACUGCAAGGAGUUGAAAGUGGCCAUAAGAGCUUUAGGAUUUGAACCCAAUAAAACAGAGAUCAGAAAGAUGAUAGCCGAUGUGGACAAAGAAGAGAGCGGGCAGCUUUCGUAUGAAAAUUUUGUGGAAUUGUUAGCAAUGAAAAUGUCAGAACAGGACUCGGAAGAGGACAUUUUAAAAGCGUUCAGACUAUUUGACGAAGAGGAAAAAGGAAAGAUAAAUUUUGAAAAUAUUAGACGAGUAGCUAACGCUGUCGGAGAAGAUGUAACCGAUGAACAAAUCAUGCAGAUGAUUGAGGAAGCCGAUGAAGAUGAUGAUAAUGUAGUUUCUUUGAAGGAAUUCAAGAAAUUUAUGAAACAUUCCACUUUAUUUCUUUAAUUUUUUUUUGUAUUAAUUUUUAUUUCUAAUAAAUUUUUUAGAAUGUUAUAAAUUACCCAAAA